AUGACUGAUUCUGAAGAAUCAAGUGAAGAUUAUGAUGAUAAUGCUAUGGAUUUACAACAACAUCCACCAACAAAUCAACGACGACAACAUCACCAACAAAAAAUAAAUAAUUCUACGUCAACCAUUGUGACAGUUAAACAUAAUCAUUUAGUUAUGUUAGAGUCAGAGAUUCCACCUGAAGCAACACGUAUUAUUACUUUAAUUCUUUGUGUAAAACAGUUAGUAAAAUAUGUUAAAUUAGUAAACAUUAAUCAAGCUCUUGAAGAUAAAAAAUCUCCUCGAUUAAUACAAAGUACAAUCAUUCGAUGGUUAUCAAUGUUUGAUUGUCUUGAAGUUGUGCUAAGAUCAUUUUUACCAUUAAAUGAAAUAUUUGAAGAAAAAGAAUUAAAUAAAAAACGUUUAGAAAAAAUAAAUGUUGUUUUAUUGGAAAGAAUCAUCGAAUUCUUGAAACCAUGGAAACAUAUAUCAACACGAUUACAAUCGACGAAUAUACCAUCAAUUCACGUUGUUAUACCUGGUAUUGAAAGUUUAAAAACAAGAUUGGAAUCAAUUUCUAAUGAUACAAAAUUCGCAUAUGAAAAAGAUAUGAUGUUUUUUCGUCAACGUGGAAAAAUAUUGAUUGACGCAAUGUUUGAUUAUCAUCCCAUUCAUCUCAUGGCUUUAUUCUUAAAUCCAAGAACUAGAAAAAUGAAACAAUGUACCAAUAGUCAACGACAAUCAUUUUUAGAAUAUAUUAAACAAGAAAUGAUUAUGUUUGAUGCAUUUGAUAGUGAUACACUAUCAAUUGAUAACAGUGACAAAUCAAAACAAUCCUGCUCUACCAAUGCUUCUCCAUUAUCUGAUCAAGAAUAUAAUCCAUUACAUUUUUGGAAGCAAAAUCAUUCAUUAUAUCCACGUUUAGCAAAAAUUGCCAAACGAGUAUUUACAGUACCAGCAACUAGUACUGCUAUUGAAGGGAAGUUUUCUUUGGCUGGAAAUAUUGUAACUAAAAAACGUUCAAAAUUAUCUCCCGAAACAGUGAAUGAUAUUAUUUUUCAAAACUCGUUUGAAAAAUAUAAAAGAAAAAAUGCACAAAACAAAUAA